AUGGAGGACUGCAGUGCGCUUCAGAAGGCCCCUGCCAGGAGGUUGACCAGAGAACGCAAGCAGGCGUGUGUGACUCCCGCCUUGCAGCAUUGCCGGCUUCCCAUCUGCUUCUGGGCCCGAAUCGAAGUGCUGGGAGGGAGGGUCCAGGGAAGCACAGCCGGACUGGGGGCCUCCGAAGAGCCACAUUGCUUCAUCGUGAGGACCGGAGUGGAAGCCAAACCUGCCCGCGGCCCCUGCCAUGACGAGCGCAGCGUGCCUCCGGGCGCUCCUGCUCUGCUCUCAGAUCGGCCCACAGCUGGGCAGAUGCUGGCGGGACGGCAAGAGAUUGGGCUCCAGCUUCCUCGCCUGGCUUUUGGCCGGCAAGCAGAGCCCGCCUUCAGCCUGAGCCUCCUACGCUGGUGCGCCAUCUCUGACCUGGAGCUUGCCAAGUGCAGCGAUAUGAGCAAAGCGUUCUCCCGGGCCAGCAUUCUCCCCGAGUUGGCUUGUGUGAACGGCGGCUCGGCUGUCGAUUGCAUCUCGAUGAUCAACGCCAGCUUGGCGGAUGCGGUGGCUGUAGAUGGUGGCAUCGUUUACCAGGCUGGGAAGGAAUUCCGUCUGAAGCCAGUGGUGGCCGAAGAUUAUGGCCAAGAUGUUGGCACUUCCUACUACGCCGUGGCUGUUGUGAGAGCACAUUCCACCUUGACCAUCAACAGCUUGAAGGGGGCCAAGUCGUGUCACACAGGCAUCAACAGGACGGCAGGCUGGAACGUCCCCAUCGGCUUCCUACUGGACAGCGGCCGGAUGGCCGUGAUGGGCUGUGACGUCGCUCGAGCUGUGGGGGGCUACUUCAAUGGCAGCUGCGUGCCAGGAGCUCCCAGGAGCCCCGCCCUCGAGUCCCUCUGCCGGCUCUGCAAGGGAAAUGAAACCGGGCAAGGAAAAUGUGAGCCGAGUCCCAGUGAAGAGUAUUCUGACUACCUGGGCGCCUUAAGGUGCCUGGCGGAUGGUGCGGGAGACGUGGCCUUUGUCAAGCACAGCACAGUGGCAGAAGCUACCGACGGGCCGAGUCGUCCCUCAUGGGCCCUGCAGCUCCAGCCGGGGGAAUUCCAGCUGCUCUGCCGAGAUGGAAGCAGGGCGGCCGUCACGGCGUGGCGCACCUGUCACCUGGCCCGCGUCCCUGCUCAUGCCGUGGUAGCCAGAGCGGACACUGACGGGGGCCUCGUCUUCCAGCUGCUGAACCAGGGGCAGCAAAGGUUUAAUGGAGAAGACGCCACUUUCCAGAUGUUUGACUCUGACGCUUAUGGUGGGAAGAACCUUCUCUUCAAAGACGCCACCAGCCAGCUGGUUCCCAUCCGGGAGCAGACGUACCAGGCCUGGUUGGGGGAUGAAUACCUACAUGCUCUGCGGGGCUUGGACUGUGACCCCACCAGAUUGCCAGAAUUUCUGCGCUGGUGCGUCUUGUCUACAGAGGAGAUCAGGAAAUGCAGCGCCAUGGCUGUGGCCUUCCGGAACCAAUCCUUGAAGCCAGAAAUCCAAUGUGUUUCAGCGACAGGUCCAGAGCAAUGCAUGCAGUGGAUCCAGAAAAGAGCCGUGGACGCCGUGACUCUGGCUGGCGAGGACGUUUACACGGCGGGGAAGGCGUAUGGCUUGGUGCCCGCCGCGGGGGAGCGCUAUGCAGAUGGGGACACCACGAGCACGUACUACGCAGUGGCCGUCGUGGAGCGAGCGACGGCCAACGCCUUCACCAUCCACGACCUCCAAGGGAAACGGUCCUGCCACACAGGCUAUGGGAGGACAGCUGGGUGGAAGAUACCUGUGGGCUUGCUGUUAAGAAAGGGGAUUAUUCAGCCCCAGGGAUGCAGCGUCCUCAAAGCGGUCAGCUCCUUUUUCUCAGCCAGCUGCAUUCCUGCUGCCAAUCGAGAGGACUACCCGGCCAACCUCUGUGAGCUGUGCGUCGGUGAUGUCAGCGGCAAUCACAAGUGUGACGCCAGCUUCCAGGAACGCUAUUAUGGCUACGCUGGAGCCUUCAGGUGUUUAGUCGAGAGACGUGGCGACGUGGCCUUUGUCAAACACACUUCAGUCUUUGAAAACACAGAUGGGAACAACACUGAGUCCUGGGCCUCUCAGCUCCGGUCUGGCGAUUUCCAGCUCUUGUGCCCAAACGGUGCCCGGGCUGAAGUGGGCCAGUUUGCUGAGUGCCACUGGGGGCAGGUGCCUUCUCGGGCCAUCAUGGUCCACCCAGACAUCAAUACGUUGGCUGUGUACGGACUUCUGGACAAAGCUCAGGAUUUCUUUGGAAAGGACAACAACCCUAACGGAUUUAAAAUGUUCAGUUCCACGGACUUCGAAGGGAAAGAUUUAAUCUUCAAGGAUUCCACCACUGCGAUUGUGUCCCUAGGGGGAAAAACAACCUUUGCUUCUUGGCUGGGGCAGCAAUUCAUGGAGUCUCUGGAAGGGUUGGGAUCCUCCCAGUGCUCAGGAGCAGCUGUCAUGUCCAUGAACACCUUCCUCCUGCUGAUGAUAAGUUUAGGACUUGCUCGAUUCUACUCUUCAUGAUCCAUUGGCUGGGCAUCAACCUGCAGCAAAGCAAAAUGCAAUCCCGGGAUCUAAUAUCAUGGACAACCAACAUGAAAACAACAAGCCAGUGAGGAAUGUUGGCCGUCCUCCUCUCCUCUCCUUCUCUGGACCUGGCUCAUCGCUCAACCUGCCCUACUCUGGAGACGGUUUUGCUCCUAAUUCUCCAAGUGCCCCCUGCUGUGCCAUUGCUGUGCUCGGGUAGACUGAGGGAGGCGCCAGGGGUUGGGCGAUGCUUCUGGGCCAAGUGUGUGUGACCUACUGUCCCUGGCAUGAAGCACGAACUUUUAUGUACCAGACGAACACUAUGGUUGUAUUUGUUAACUGCCUGGAGUUUCCUUUU